CACAUGUUUAUAAGAAUAUACGAAAAUCUAUAUCAGAAAAUUCGAAUUAUAUAUUUUUUGUAGUUUUCAUAGUCACAAAAUGUAUAUGGUUAAUUGGCUAAUAUGUAGUUUGUUCAUUAGUUUUAAUUUUGAUUACAUUUUGGGUCAGAGGCCAAUCAUACGUUUGAAACAAGAGGAAUUACUUGCGCGGACAAACUCGGAGUUACUUUGUUCAAAUCUAAGUAUGGGAACAAUACAUUUUUUUCAAAAUGAAACACCUCGUGCAGAAAUAUGGUAUACAGGUAGAAGAUGCAACAUAAAACCAGAUAAUCUGCAAUCAAACUUAAAAUGCGAAUGUAAAGAUGUAUCAACAGCUGCCUGCAAUAUUUCUGUUGAAUUCUACGAUAAUAAAUGCACAAUGUGGAAGUGCGGAUCUAUACAACAUGGUGAAAUGACAUACAGUGAUUAUGUGAACGUCUGUUACCAAGUUAGCACCAGGUCUUUGACAACACCAAAUCCUCACAGGAAUUGCUCUUCUGUUUCUGCAACCGAUGACAUAGUACAUUGGUCUGUAGAUGGUGUCUCAUUACAAAGUAACAAUGCGCGUUUCAUCGAACUGAGGGAAUACAAUGCAAAGAAUAUAAGUUUGCUUACGCAAUCAUUUUACAAAGAAGCAGAUGGUUCGUUAGUUACAUGUAAAGUUGAAGAACCACGAGGAAAUGAAUGGGCCAUUAAGAUACUGUAUCCACCUUUAGUAUGCAAUCGUACAAUGUUACAACUAGAUGAAUACACGACCUCUAGUGAAACAUGUAAACUAAAGCACGGUAAUCCAAACGUCACGGCCAUAAUAGUUCCAGCUUCAACUUGUCAACCAAUUACAACAGUUUCCAAACCAAAAGUAUAUUUAUCCCUAUGUGAGGCCGUCAACAGAGUAGACUUAGGCGCUAGGCAAUAUGUCGGCAAUGCGACAGGGCUAUUCAAAGUAGAGGUUCUAUACCCUGCAUUUAUACGUGAAUAUUUCCUAAAAGACGUACAAGAGAACUCGUGGAACGCUACGUCCGACAAGGAACGUUAUAUUAUGUUACAUUGCUUUGGCGACGGCAACCCACCGCCAGUCAUGACGUUACUAAAAGAGAAGACAGUUGUUUUUUCCUCAAGUGGAUCUUUUCAACAUACAAUACCUUUUACAGGAAGGAAAGAAUCGGGUGUAUAUACAUGUAUUGCUUCAAAUGAACUUGGCAGUGAUAAUAAAUCUAUAGGUGUUAACCCUCAGAACAUAGAAUCGCACCCAGAAGACUUUCCGUUUGAGCCCAAUCUGGUCGUCUACGUUGUCAGCGGGGUUGCCACCCUAGCACUCUUUACUCUUGGUGUACAAUGCCUCUGUAGAAUUGUGAGACGCUGGAGACCUUUACAUCCUAAUGAAAUAGUGAGCGUUCCGAUGGAAAUUCAUAACGUAUUAGAUCCUGAGCUAAUUGAUCACAAUAUUCAGACGACAGCGGAAGAAACACCAGCCAGAAGAGCCAACAGCGUUCAUGUUUACGAAAGCAUUCCACCUUCCCCUAUUGCAGAUAUAUCGUUUAGUGGAUUUGCUGAUGAUACUGAGUUUGAUGCGGUUACAGAUGAACCAAUUGAGGACGCAGGUCGCUAUGAAAAUCUUGAUCAAAACACUCGUGAAGGAAUGGCAUAUAACAUCAACUUUUUAGAUCAAAACACUCGUGAAGACGUGAUGAAUACUAUUUACUCGCAUGGUCAACACACUGAAGAUACAACACAUUACAUCAAUUUGAACCUGUGACACAAAUACUUCGAAAGACAUGAAAUCCAAUGUUUAAUUUUAAAUACUCGAGAAGUCGUGAUACAUUAUGUCAAAAUUCAGAUCAGAUAGAUGUACUCAGAAAGUUUUGUCUAAUUUUCAAUAUCGACAUAUUCUGAACGUUAUGACAUCGUACAUAAAUGUGUUUAUCUAAGCUAAGUAAGUGACUUAUUAUUUAGAGUAUAACUGAAUCGCUCAACGUUUGGUAGUUAUGUAUAAGCUAAUCUAGUUAAAACAAACAUCGACAUGCAUCACUUGUAUUGGGUUUUCAUUAAUUCGUCGGCACUAGAGAGUGUGGACAAAUCAACGCAGAAUUUCAAGAACAUUUAUGAAUACACAGAACACGGGCGAUAUAACUGUGUUAGUUUGAAGAUCGGAUAGAGCUUUUUGGACAUAGAUACAAACCUAUAUCAAUGAGACGAUCUGAUUGGAUAUAAUCGGGUGUAUAUAUCAAUGUUUAGGUAUGAUUGGAAUAUUUGUGAAUAUAUGAUAACGAAACCCCGUCAGGAUUCAUGUUCCCGCGGUAAAUUUUAAUCAAUUUGAAGAUCUGAUCAAGGUAAUGAUACUCGUGAAGAAGCUUAAACUGACAUUAUUUUGAAGAAUGGUCUGAAUACUCAUAAAGAUACGACUUCCUUCAAUUUUUGAAGAUUUUAUCUAUAUAUAUGUAUUAAGUGAGAAUCGAUAUACCUGCCAUCGAUUUGUAGAUUUGAUCAAAAUACUCGAGACGAUAUGGCUUAAUACAUGUAU